AUGACUUCGGGAAACAAUCACCUAACCGCAGCAGCAGCUACCAGUCGCACCGAGCUUGUCGAGACACCUGUUUUGCGGUUGCGGCUACGGGCGAGACCGCAGGUACGGUCGUCCACCGAACGACACGUCCGUUGGAGUGACGAUACCGUUGAUAACGAGCACGCUUGUAAGCGCAAGUCGAAAAAAUGUUGUAUUUAUCACAAACCACACAGUAUCGAGAGCAGCAGUGACUCCAGUUCUUCAGAUGACGACGACGACGACGACGACAUAGACUGCGGCGAGAGCUCGUCUUGA